UUCAAAAUUAAAAAUGGCCGCGUCCAAUCCGGCUGCAAUUUCGCCUGUUUGGGCCAAAUAUCAAGCUUGCAUAUCAAAGCCAUUUGUGCCUCGAUGCCUAGAGCUGGAGAGCAUUCUUGCCAACUCAAGUCAGAAGGAUCUGAGUUCCCUGCUACCCUAUAUCCUUGAGAAUAUCUUUGGUUGUGGGCCAGAACCUGGUUGGCCAUUAGACACCCUUUCCAAGAGCCAUGGGGUUGAAUUUGAUGUGGUGACAAAGUUUCUUGGACCAGAGGGACCACUGCUGAAUUUUGUUUACAAACUUCAGUUGGACACUUAUCUGACAUAUGAGUUUCCAUUCGCAAGUUUACCGGGCCCCACCCGCCAUAUGAUUGAAGAUGGGAGUUUGCCCAUGUUUUAUGUGAACAAAUUACAGUACCAGGGCUACUCCAAACCUGUGCUCACACUGGGUGCAUUUGAAUUCUACAUGUUCCACUUCUGCCACAUGUUGGUGUGCCCAUCAUGGCAGUCAAAACAACUCAACUGGAACAAUAUGGCAGAUGUUGUGUAUCCGUUUCUAUUGGACAAGUACUUGCACUAUUUUCUGCCUCUAAACAAGAAGAGUCUUCCAAAGUUUCCACUCUCACCAGCGUCAGUCAGGAGUUCUAUGAUGCAGUCUCCGACUAGUACAAAGCACUCGCCAGGGUCAGGGACACAGACGAGGUCAAGGUCACGUUUGGGGCUCCUGAAGGCCAACCUUCUGUCUCCACAGAAAUCCCACAUUCAGUCCCCAAGUGCUGAGAAAUUAGAGGCAGAAAUCUGGUGGUCGGAAACGUUUGUCCAGAUUGUUGCUGAAUUUUGGCUCCACCAAAACACCCAUGACGUCGAGCGAGGAAUUACCACACAUAGUCUGUCUUGGCACCGACACAACUCUAGUUUGUCUGAAUCUUUAAUGUUUGAAAGCUUUAUGCCAAGCAACAACCAUGUGCGUCUGGUGAGGCUUUUAUUGAAACACCUCCAUUACUUUGUGAACAGCGUUGAACCAGAGAUAGUAGCCUCCCCUUACUCCACAGCUGAGACAGCACCCUUGGAUGAAUUCAAAAGGUCCUUGCUUCCUAUGUUACUGCAAAAGAAGAUUUACUGUUAUCUCCGCCAUGGCUUCGAACGAUGGCCCCUGGAUUCAUCAUUCAGACUGAUGUUGGAGACGUGGCUGACGUUCAUCCAGCCGUGGCGGUACAAGGAUCCAGAGAACAUCAGCCAGCAGCACAAGGAAACUGAGAGGGUGGAUGAUGUAUGGUUUCCAUUUAUUCGUGAUAACUUCCUGUUCUACUCAGCCAUGUUCGAGGAGUUUGUACAGCGGGCCAAGCGAAUGCACCUGACCUCCCUACAGCAUGCCUACAUCAUCUUCAGAGUCGCCAAGGUCUUCAGUUUGCCAGGAUUUCCACAGAUGUUGAGAGAAGUGGAGCGUCUCAUGUACAACUCUGGCUACCGACAGCACCAGGACCUUGGGGGCAGCUGCAUAGCCCCAGACCUCACAGCCAUACUCCGUGUUCAAAUCUCUGAUCUGGAGAGGCCUGACUUCCAGUACAUUAACUUGUUUGGGCGACAAACAGAUGCUGAGAUGCAGCAUUUGCUGAGGCAGAUCCAUGCAGCAAAAUCUGCACUUGAGGCAACCGUUCAGGAGCCAGAGAAGAAGUCUGAAAAAUCUGGCUUUGCUGCCUUCUUUGAUAUGUCCUCAUAUUUUGAAGACAACUCCAAGGCCUAUGGGGACAUGAGUGUAGUGGAAGUGAAGAAGGUCAUAAACCACCUGGAGCAAACAGUCACUCACUUCUGUCAGCUGUUUGGGAUGAAACCUAACGAGCAGGCCAUGUUCAUUCCACAGUCGCCGGGGGACACCUCCCGUAUCUCAGGUCAAAGGUCAAUGAUUGGAAACAUGUCACUAGGUGACCAGACGUCGCUGAUGAAUACCUCUAUGGCCUCGUUACCAAGCACACCUGACCACAAGAUGACUAGUCACGGACCAGAGUUGACCGAGGCUGGAAGAUUUCAGUUGAUGAAUGGCCUAAAGAAAUUUGACCUGACCUACCAAGGGGAUCCGGACUUACAGCCAAUCAGAAGCUUUGAAAACAAAACCCUUGUUCGGGUGCUACAUAAAUUGUCAGACUGUCUCAAUAAAAUGUUUCACACUGAGAUGGAGAGACUCUGCAGCCGUCCAGAUCUUAUUGGGAAAAUGUCACAGGUUUACUUGUCUGCCCCAAUAUCACCAUCCAAAGUUCCUAGCUCACCCAUUCAACGAGAGGUGUUUGAACAACUGACCAGGCCAAGAAUAAGCCUUCGAUUCCUUGGUAGCUACCAGACUCUGAUAUACCUCAUUAUAGUGUAUUUUGCACUCAAGUAUCUAGCUGGAUUCGGGCCCAUAGGCUAUUUAAUGUUUCUGGUGCUGUGCACUAUUGUGUACGGGUUGUUCCGGGCAUUGACUUUAAAUAAACUUAAAGACAUUAAAAGCAAUUGAAAUUUAAGCAUUACUUGGUGGAACUAAGCAACAGGUGUUUUACAGUGAAUACAACGUCAUAAUUUCAUGAGCCUGGUCUUUGACGGUAAGAUAUCGGAGGUGUGAUCAAGAAUAUCGAUAUGACAAUUUCUGUUUUUGAGAUUGUACUCCCGUUUUACGAAUAAUAAUAUACAUUGGGAAUUCUAUGACAAAACAUGUUCAAGUUACAUCAGGGAGAAUGUUAAAUACAUCUCAAAAGUGAUAUACAUGUAUUGUGAGUUAAAAGAUAGAUAUUGAUUUCAUAUCAGUGUUUACCUAAGACGCAUAUCAAUAUUACUAACUGUAGGAUAACAUAAUAUGUAAUUAUAAAAAUAUAUUUUUGGUCAUUAGCAAAGGUCAUAGAAUUACUCCAAUAUUACUGUGCUUAAAAUGUAUAUAAUGUACUGUGCAAUUAUGUAAUAUUGUAUUCAUAAUUUGUUCUGAAGUAAUUUUGGAAAUUGUUCGUGAGUGCAAUAGUAACAUCAUCAUUAAUUAUAAUAUUUUGUUUACAUGAUUCUUUAGAAAAAAGUAUCUUUUUAUUCAAACUAAUAAUUUAGAUAAAUGUCUCGUAUGGUAAUAGUUAAGGUGACAUGUUUAUUUUGCAUGGCACAGUUUCGUGUAGUAUAUCUGUAUGUUACUAUAUAUGUAUAUAUUGUUGUGUAUGAAAGAUUUCUUCAAAACGCACAUGAACAUUAAAUAACAUAAUGCAAUUGACAUUUAAAUUGAAAAAAGAAGAUAAAGUUUCUUUAUUAUGAUCUCCAUAAUAAUAAGAACACAGGGAUUGAAGUCUCCCUAUUAAUGGAAUGAAUGCAUCUGUCUUAAGCAUCAUCCCUCGCUUGAUUGAUGGUAUGAACAUUGUGCAUAACAUUCCAAGGCUCAUCCCUCAGACAUGUCUCAUGAAAAUGUUACUCAAUGUCCAAAAUAAGUCCAAUAAUUAAUGUUAAAAUAUGUAAUGUGUAAACAUGAGUCAGGUCUGUUAUUUUGUUAACUUCAAAGAAACUUAAAUGAAAUAAAACAGUAAAAAAUCAAAA